AUGGCAGCGAUUCUGAAACGCAGCGCUAAUCUGACUGAUGUCUUGCAUUCUCGUUACUCUACUAUUGUUAGCGCGCCUCGGAAGCGUAAAAUGCCACGUCUUACAGAGUCUGAACGCGAAGAGUUACUCAAACCUUUACUAAAGGAAUGCAAAUGGGAAAUAUAUACUGAACAUCGUUCCGGCGAUGCUAUGAGACGUUCUUUUCUUUUCAAAGACUUUGAUACUGCUUUCGACUUUAUGACCAAGGUAGCAGGAAAGGCCAAAGCUAUGAAUCAUCACCCUGAAUGGUCUAAUGUCUAUAACAAGGUGGACAUACUUCUCACCACGCAUGAUGUAGGUGGCCUUUCUCAAAGAGAUAUUGAUCUAGCGAAAUUCAUCAGCGAUGCAGCACUUGAAUACCAAGGAAAAUAA